CUUUAUUUUUAGAGAGAAAAGAAAAGAAAAAGCGAGUCCAGGUCCAGGGCGAAGAGGAGGACGCCACGAGAUCUGCAGCGAGAGAGAGCCAGCGAAGCGCGACUCCGUUUUAACCGCCUUCGCCGCCGCCGCCGCGAUAUCGAUCCCCUCCCUCUCGCCGUCGACGCCGUCGGCAUCCAUGGCGCCAGGGCUCUACACCGACAUCGGCAAGAAGACCAGAGAUCUGCUUUACAGGGACUACGGGACGCACCACAAGUUCACCCUCACCACCUGCACCCCCGAGGGCGUCACUAUCACAGCUGCAGGAACAAGGAAAAAUGAGUCUGUCUUUGGUGAGCUCCAAACCCAGCUUAAGAACAAGAAAUUGACUGUUGAUGUCAAAGCAAACUCAGAGUCCGAUCUUUUAACAACAGUCACGGUUGAUGAGUUUGGAACUCCAGGGUUGAAAUCAAUUCUUAGUUUGGUAGUUCCAGACCAGAGGUCAGGGAAGCUUGAACUCCAGUACCUUCAUGAAUAUGCUGGCAUCAAUGCAAGUGUUGGCCUGAAUUCCAAUCCUAUGGUUAACCUUUCUGGUGUCUUUGGAAGCAAAGAGCUCUCAGUUGGUGUUGAUGUUGCAUUCGACACUGCGACUAGCAAUUUCACCAAGUACAAUGCUGCAUUGAGUCUAACCAAUUCAGACCUUAUUGCUUCUCUGCAUCUGAACAAUCAUGGUGAUACCUUGAUUGCAUCCUACUACCACCUGGUAAAGCACCAUUCGAACACUGCCGUAGGAGCUGAGCUGUCCCACAGCUUCUCAAGGAAUGAGAGCACACUGAUCUUUGGGUCCCAGCACUCAUUGGACCCUCACACGACAGUGAAGGCUCGCUUCAACAACUAUGGCAUGGCCAGCGCGCUCGUCCAGCAUGAAUGGCGUCCCAAAUCGCUAAUCACCAUCUCUGGUGAGGUUGACACCAAGGCAAUUGAGAAGAGCACGAAAGUUGGCUUGUCCUUGGUGCUCAAGCAUUGAGUAUGUUUUGCAUCCUAGGAAUUUUUCUUCAGUUCUUGUGGAUUGGAAUAACAUGGAAAAAACAUGGCCACAGCUACCAUUGUGGCUUCAUUUUGAUCUUGAGUUCUUUCCCCACCAUUACCCUAGGCAAACAUUAGCAUUGGCUAUAUAUUUUUAUCCUCGGCGCCUGUUGUUAAUAAUUUUGGGUGAUUUGAGACCUAUUGCUGAAUACUGUCAAAUAUGAUGGAGAUAUCUCUGUGUUCCACAUCUUUGUUGAAUUCGUUGAUCUGGUUUUCCAUCAUACGGUUGGAUUUCCAUCUGAA